AUGGAUCCUUCUGUCGCACACCGACCAUGGGAGGCCGUCUCAGGGCCUCAGAGCUCUGCAGGCUCAACGCAAACCCUCCCCUCCAUCUCCACCCUCACUGCGAAUAUGCCUGGGACCGGAACCCCUUCCGAAAAAUCACCUGGAAAUGCUUCACUAAACACGAUUGAGCGUGACUCGGGGAAUUGGUCAAUGCCACAAAGCACAAGUAGGAGAACCUCACCUGGUACGGAUUGGGAGCGUCGCGGUGCUGACCAUGUAGGAUCGUCCACCUACUCAACGACGACCAAUGGCACCGGCAACAAUUAUCCCUCUCUCAGCUUCAUAUCCGCGUCGCAACCCUCCCCAAACCGUGGACACCCGGCGAUCGACCGCUCCCCUUACCCCCACGACCAAUCAACCACCCCUUCUUCCGCUGGCGCUCAACAACCCUCUCCAAUUUUCAACCAGCCAAACUCCACUCUCCCCUCCAUCAACCAGAAUUACGAAGCCCCCUCCCAACGAGCGAGUGUGGCCGAGACUACCGAGUCCCGGCGCAGUAGUGUCGACAGUCGCAUGAAUCAAGGAAUCAGUUCUCUCGCCAUCAACCCAGCAUCGCCCUACCACAGCACCAAUGCCUCCCAAUCCUCGAUCGUCUCUAGCUUACAAAGGGAGCGAGGGAUUCCGACCGACAUGAACUCAUAUCGAGGACCGCGCUACUCGGGAGGAGGCAGCCAGCCACUCUCUCCGCUUGGCCCUCGCGCAACCGACCAACAACGCAGUUUUGCAGCCGGUCGCACGGCUCCGGCCAUUUCCUCGAAUCCUCGGUCGGAGAUUUACAAUGCUGAAGCACCCACGGCGGGGGGGUCCACCGCCUCGUUCUCCCGAAAGGGCAGCAUGGCGGAGUCUAUGAACAGCAUGUACUCGGAACGGAUGCCGCGAGGACAACACGACCUACCCCAAAAUGUACACCACCAUUCUCUUCAACACAAGGCCGUGCGAGAGCUGAUCGGCGAAGAAGACGCACCGCCCGGCAGCACACCAUACAGCCGCACGCCCGAACUGCGCGUGACACACAAAUUAGCGGAGCGCAAACGACGCAGUGAAAUGAAAGACUGUUUCGAAGCACUUCGGCUGCGUCUACCCCCGGGCCAAACCAACAAAUCCAGCAAAUGGGAAACGCUCACCCGGGCAAUUGAUUACAUCGGGAUGUUGGAGAAAACUCUCACGCAAUCCCAACGCGACCGGGCCAACAUGCAGAUCGAGAUAGAUGAAAUGCGCGCCCAGCUCAACCAGCAAGCUAAUGGUGCUUCCCGGCCCCCAUCAAUCUUCGAGCACCAUCCACUGAACCCCAACCAGACUAAUGGCCAAGGCCCUGUCUUCAAUGGGUUCAGCAAUGGCGUGACUCAGGAGCAGCCGCGGACGUUACCGCCUCUCAUGAAUGGCUCCAGUGCGCCUAUGCAGGGCAUUGAGUAUGAGCGGCGGUAG